CUCCCCACGUCAGCGACAUUGGCUCGUUUCCCUUCCACGGAGGGAAGAGAGGAAGAGGAAGAGCUUUUGGAUUUCGCAGCGGCCGCACCGGGCGACCAAGAGCAUCCUUCUUCUCCGGAGGCUCCCGGCUCGUCUCCCCGGGAGCAUCGCGGAUUGGGCGACCAAGGAGGGGCAGCCCCCACUCCCUGCGAGGAAGGGGGAAUCUCCUCCUCCUCCUUUCCUCGCGUGGGAGCCGCAGCAGCAGCAGCAGUUCCAGCAUCCCGUCCAGGCGCCUCGGAAGGGAGGCGGUGCGCCUGGAAGCGGAGAGCGCCUUUCUCCUUCUCAAGGAGGGACGGGGGCUGGUCCUUCCCCCCUUCCUCCCCCUUGGUCUCCCUUGGCAGCCUUCUCCGUGGGUCUCUCCCCUUCCUCGCCCUCUUUCCGUGUCCUCUCCCUGAAGGUUGGUGGCGGGGAAAGACUGCUGCUUGCCUCGGCUUUUCCGGAGCUUGGAAAGGAGACCUCCAACUGGCAUCCCCAGUCUUGGGCAGCUCUGCGGGGGAAGCAACUGACGAAGGAGCGGAAAGGCCACCAUGGGGCUUCUGGAGGAGCAGAGCUUCAGCAUAUAUUUUCUGUGAAUUGUGCUGAAGAUAUACACGCUGCAAUGGUGACAUAAGCUGCUAAACUGGACUGGGAAAUUUUUGAAACUUCUCUCUUCACUCUAAAUGUUGCUGCUCUUGGAAACCAUUUAAGGAAUGACUUACAACAUGACUUUUGUUGUGAAACUACAUAGACAUUUUCAGCGAACAGUUAUACUACUGGCCACUUUUUGUAUGGUGAGCAUCGUUAUUUCAGCAUACUAUUUAUACAAUGGCUACAAACAGGAAAAUGAACUUUCUGAGAUCAAUUCAGAGGUUGAAUGUGGAGAUCUUCCCAUCUUACAGCCCUACAAGAUAACACCUUGGAAAACAGUAAAACCCGCCGAUCCUCUAAGGACUGAUCCUGUAGUGCUGGUGUUUGUGGAAAGCCAGUAUUCUGCCCUUGGUCAAGACAUAAUAAUGAUUUUGGAAUCUAGUAGAUUCCAGUAUCAUAUAGAGAUUGCUUCUGGGAAAGGUGACCUUCCUGUACUUAUAGAUAAAAACAAAGGCAAGUAUGCUCUCAUAAUAUAUGAAAAUAUUUUUAAGUAUGUGAAUAUGGAUUCCUGGAAUCAAGGCCUUCUGCAUAAAUACUGUGCAGAAUAUGGUGUAGGGAUGAUUGGGUUCCAUAAGAGCAGUGACAACAGUUUGCAGACUUUUCGAUUAAAGGGUUUUCCUUUCUAUGUCCAUAGCAAUGUAGGAAUUAAGGAUUGCUGCAUCAAUCCUCAUUCUUCUCUGCUUCAUAUAACUAAAUCGUCUAAAUUCGAUAAAGGCUCUCUGCCUGGAAAUGACUGGACUGUUUUCCACAUAAAUCAUUCAGCCUAUGAACCUGUUAUAUUUGCAAAGGUAAAAGCACCCGAAAACCUCCCUCCACCUUUAAUUAAAAAUGCUCUCCAUGCAACUGUCAUUCAUGACUUGGGUCUUCAUGACGGGAUUCAGCGUGUCCUUUUUGGCAACAACUUGAACUUUUGGCUGCACAAGCUCAUAUUUAUAGAUGCUGUUUCAUUCUUGACUGGAAAAAGGCUUACAUUGCCUUUGGAUAGAUACAUUCUUGUUGAUAUAGAUGACAUCUUUGUUGGAAAGGAGGGAACAAGGAUGAAAGCCAAUGAUGUUCAGGCUCUGCUUCAUACUCAGAAUCUUCUAAGAGCUCAAAUUUCAAAUUUCACUUUCAACCUGGGAUUUUCAGGGAAAUUUUAUCACACAGGAACUGCAGAAGAAGAUGAAGGUGAUGACCUGUUGCUGGGGUCUGUGGAUGAAUUCUGGUGGUUUCCUCACAUGUGGAGCCAUAUGCAGCCUCAUCUAUUCCACAAUGAAUCAUCAUUGGUGGAGCAAAUGAUUCUCAACAAAAAAUUUGCCUUAGAACAUGGCAUUCCAACCGAUAUGGGAUAUGCUGUGGCUCCACACCACUCGGGUGUCUAUCCUGUUCAUGUUCAACUUUAUGAUGCCUGGAAAAAAGUCUGGAAUAUUAAAAUCACAAGUACUGAAGAGUACCCACACCUAAAACCUGCAAGAUAUAGAAAAGGCUUCAUCCACAAAAACAUUAUGGUCCUUCCUCGACAAACUUGUGGUCUGUUUACACAUACAAUUUUUUACAAGGAAUACCCAGGUGGUCCAAAAGAAUUAAACAAAAGUAUACAGGGCGGAGAAUUGUUCUUCACAGUUGUUCUCAAUCCAAUCAGUAUCUUUAUGACACACCUGUCCAACUAUGGGAAUGACCAGCUGGGUUUAUACACCUUUGUCAAUCUGGCCAAUUUUGUUCAGAGCUGGACUAACUUGAAGCUGCAGACACUUCCCCCAAUUCAACUGGCUCACAAGUACUUUGAGCUCUUCCCUGAGCAGAAGGAUCCUCUUUGGCAGAAUCCCUGUGAUGAUAAGCGGCACAGAGAUAUCUGGUCUAAAGAAAAAACCUGUGAUCGUUUACCAAAAUUCCUGGUAAUUGGACCUCAAAAAACUGGCACAACAGCUUUGUAUUUGUUCCUGAUUAUGCAUCCUUCCAUCAUUAGUAACUCCCCCAGCCCCAAAACCUUUGAGGAGGUACAGUUCUUUAAUAGAAAUAACUACCACAGGGGGAUUGAUUGGUACAUGGACUUUUUCCCUAUGCCAUCCAAUGUCACAACAGACUUUCUAUUUGAGAAGAGUGCCAACUAUUUCCAUUCUGAAGAAGCCCCUAAAAGAGCAGCUUCUUUGAUUCCCAAAGCAAAGAUUAUCACUAUUCUCAUUGAUCCAUCAGAUCGAGCAUACUCUUGGUAUCAGCAUCAGCGAUCACACAAAGACCCAACUGCUCUAAAAUUCACCUUCUAUCAGGUGAUCACUGCUGGCCACCAUUCUUCACCUGACCUUAAGGCUCUGCAGAAGAAAUGCUUGGUACCUGGAUGGUAUGCCACCCAUAUAGAAAGAUGGCUCACUUACUUCCCAGCUUAUCAGUUGCUAAUUAUAGAUGGACAGCAACUAAGAAAUGAUCCAGCAAUUGUGAUGGACGAAGUGCAGAAGUUUCUAGGAGUUACUCCUCAUUAUAACUACUCAGAAGCCCUAACCUUUGAUUCACACAAAGGGUUCUGGUGUCAGCUCCUGGAAGAAGGAAAGACAAAAUGCCUUGGAAAGAGCAAAGGAAGAAAAUAUCCUCCAAUGGAUUCUGAGUGCAGGGUUUUCCUGUCAAGCUACUACAGAGAUCAUAACGUGGAUCUGUCAAAGCUUCUCCACAAAUUGGGACAACCCCUGCCAUCAUGGCUGAGACAGGAGCUGCAAAAAGUGAGAUAGCACUGGGGAAAAGAAGUUUCAUAUAAGAGCUCUCCUUCACUUCAAAUGUAAUCAGACCUAAAGUCUCCAGAAACCGGCGGAAGACUGUUGGGAAAUAUGUCUCUUCAAAAGAGAACAAAGAAAUGAGGUUUGUGACAUGGGUUGGCAAGCAGUCUACACAAGCAUCCGGGGAGAGAUGGAUUUCAGAACAAUUUCUGGGUUUAUGAAGAUUCUAAUAGAGUACAAUAUACCAGAAGGUGCCAGGCGCAUUAAAAUGGGAGCUGCACAGCUGUCCAGGUGUACCCCUAUAUAAUUACCACUCAUUUCAGUGGGGCUGCUACAGAAGAAUUUGAGAUGAUUGCGCCUAUGGAGUGUUGUGCGUCUGAGUGAAUGACAACUGGUUUCAGCUUCAAAGGCAAAGAUACACAACUGUUCAAAAAUGCUGCGCUAUUUACAGUUUUAAAUAUUAUAUUCAUAUCAGUUGAAGAAUAUUGUGUCUCAUGUCAGUUUUGUAACCCACUGUCUGCCUGCUUAGUUUUUAAAUUGCUUAAUUGGUGUGUCUUAUAUUAUUAUUUUAAUGAGGAAAGAUGUAGUACACAGUGCCAGAUGUGCCCCCCACUUUCCAAGUUGAUUUCUAAAAUAGGGGAAAAAAUUAUAAAGAAUUAUAAAGUUUGGAAUGAAAGUACACAUUUUAGGAAUAUACAAUUAGUGAAAAUAGAACCAUUAGCUUUUUUUCAUGUCAGGAGUGAUUUGAGAAACUGCAAGUCACUUCUGGUGGAGAGAAUUGGCCGACUGCAAGGACGUUGCCCAGGGGAUGUCCAGAUGUUUUGAUGUUUUAGCAUCUUUUGGGAGGCUUCUCCCAUGUCCCUGCAUGGGAAGCUGGAGCUGAUAGAGGGAGCUCAAUCCACUCUCCCCGGAUUCGAACCACUGACCUGUCGAUCUUCAGUCUUGCUGGCACAAAGUCUUGCCCUUUGCACCACUGGGGGGCUUCUUACCAUUAGCUAAAUAAGCAGGAGGGAUCUACGAGAAGAAAUUACAAUACGUAAUAGAUCUGUGUGAUUAAAUUAUUUUGCCCCAAUCUAUAGAGCUGGGAAUAGCUGUAACACUGUGGACCCGAUAUUUUCUGGAAAAGAGUGCUGUUGGGAUAGAAGCGUGCCUGAAUUGAUUCUCUGUCUAUCCAGCAAUUAAUGGAGCAGGGACUCCACAUUUAGCUCAGGGCCAGCCCUGCAAAUUCAACCCAGAUUAGGAUUCUUCCUAAUCAUGCUUCCUUAUGUAUUUCAUGUGCGUUUGUAGGAUCAGGGCUUUGGAUGCUGAAAGAAACAAGACAUUGACACCACUCACAAAUUGUUUUAUUUGCAUAGAAGAACUUGUAAGCUAUGCAAAUGAACCCAACAGGGUCUAUGUUUUUUGUGAAGUAAAAUGAUUUAAAACGGUAGAAUCCAAGUGUUGCACACAUCAGACUGUGAAAGUAUAAUGCCAGUGCAAUUCAUGUGGUGUCUAUGUAUUAAUUUGGCUAGCUUUUGUCACUACAAUGGGAUAAGUAAACAUAUUCUGGAUGUUUUCAGCUGCCUGAAAUGGGAAAAUAUGCCACUGACAUCAGAUUUAGUAAUCUUUCAUCAACAGAAGAAGGAUUAUGACUUAUCACUUUAAAUAAUCUGAUUUAGUAAUUUACUGUUACUGUUGUCUAUGUUGGUUGAUAUUUUUGUUGGGUUUUUUUCUUCUUCUGUGCAAUCUUAAAUGCUUAAAAGUACAUGAAAGGACCGUUUUUAUUAAAAUGUGCUCAGACUUUAGAAAGUAUUAAGCUUUUUUCAUAUAAGGAGCAACUUGAGAAACUGCAAGUCACUUUUGCUGUGAGAGAAUUAGCCGUCUGCAAGGACAUUACCCAGGGGACGCCCAGAUGUUUUACCAUCCUGUGAGAGGCUUCUCUCAUGUCCCCAUAUGGAAAGCUGGAGCUGACAGAAGGGAGCUCACCCUGCUCCCCAGAUUCGAACCACCAACCUUUCGGUCAGCAGUCCUGCCGGCACAAGGGUUUAACCCAUUGCGCCACCGGGGGCUGCAGUAUUAAGCUUAUAAACACAUUGUAUAGCUAUUAUUCUGAUUUUCAAAAUUUUUCCAUUACUGUAAGUUACCUCUCCAUAUCCACAAAUUCAACUAUCUACAGCUUAAAAAUACUAAAAAAAAAAAUGAAAAAGCAAACAUUGAUUUCCCCAUAUUAGAUAAGCACCUUGAGUAUGCACAAAUGUUGGUCCUGGACAAAUGCCAGUGGAUACCAAGGGUCCGCUGUAUUUAAGACCAUUUACUGUUUUCCUAAAAAUUAGCUAUUUAUUUGGUUCAGGCAUACAAUAACCCAUAUUGUUCCUGAAUAGGCUUGUAUUCCAUUGCACUGCAAAAGCAUUCAAAAAUCCAGAAUGGCAUUUAAUACAUUGUCUUUCUUUAAAUGGCAGCUCAAAUCCCAGCAUAUAUUUUUAGACAUUUAAUUUAAGCUAGGCAUUUCUUGUGAAAGAGACAUUGAAAGCUGCCUAUCUGAAACCGUUGUGCUAGUAGGAAAUGAGUAUGGAUAUUUGUAGCAAGUAUUAAUGGGAAAGGAAGAGAAAAACAAACCAAAAACAGAUGUCAGUCGAUCAAUCCAAGCAAACGCCACGGUUCCGCUGCAUUAUUUGCCUAGUCCUAUACAUAAUGAAAAAGAAGUGGAAGCAAUCUUCAGAAUAUAUUGUACAGAUUAUACUUUGAUAUUGCUGAAAAAUGUGAAGCUUCCUCAGGAAGAGUAAGAUAGAUAUUUCUGUGUUUAUAGAUGUAAUACUCUUCUCAUUCAUAUUGAAUGAAAAUUGCUGGAAAUGUUUUUUCUCCGUUUUUUAAAAAAUAAAGUACAAAACUAGAUAUUAUUCUGAAAGUGGCAUGAUUUCUGCUGUGCAACAAUAAACUCUGAUAAGAAAAUGGC